AUGACAGGUGCUGGGCAAAUUGCUUGGGAAAAUGUUUGUCAAUCCAAACAAGCUGGAGGUAUAGGUUUCAAAAAAGUUGUUGAUUGGAAUAAAGCAGCAAUGUUCAAGUAUAUUUGGGCAAUUGCAACCAAAGAAGACAACCUGUGGGUCAAGUGGAUACAUAGUGUAUACAUCAAAGGCAAGGAUUGGUGGAGCUAUGAGAUACCCCAAACAGGCAGCUGGUAUUGGAGGAAGAUUGUAGCUCUAAAAGGUACGUUGCUGAACUUAGUUGACCCUAUCACAUUCACUCAAACGACAUAUAAAGUAGCAGAUGGCUAUAAGUGGAUGUGUCCUACGGUAAAUAGGGUCAACUGGAGCAAGGAAGUCUGGAAUCGGCUAAAUACUCCCAAACACAGUUUUGUGUUUUGGCUUGCUGUCCAAAAUAGAUUGAAAACCAGAGACCGUUUGCUCAGAUUUCAAAUUGCAACUGAUCCCUCAUGUUUGCUCUGCUUAGGGAGUGCAGAAACCUGUGAGCAUCUGUUUUUCCUAUGCCCUUUCUUUAUUGAAUGUCUAAAUCAGGUUAAGAGUUGGUUGGGAUGGAAGACCCCAGCAGCUAACUUAACUGAUCUGGUGCGAAUCCUAGAGAAGAGAUCCAUCUCUGCCUUCCUAAGACAGGUAUAUACUGCUGCUUGUGCAGCUCUACUUUACCUUAUUUGGAGAGCAAGGAACAAUGUAUUGUGGCUACAGACAAAGGAAGACCCGAAGUCUAUUGUACAGAGGAUUAAAAAUAUUUGUAAAACUAGGAUACAAAGUGUAUGGCCUAGGAAGGUUUCAAUAGGGGAUACUACAUGGUUCAAUGAAUUGUAA